GAUGGAGAAAGGCAGUGUAGAAGGAUGGAAGGAAAGGAGUCUAUUGGGGCUGGAAGGGUGAGUGUCAAGAUGGAUCCAUAGCAGAUAUGGUGAAGGGAGGGAGGGGUGGGGGAGACAGGUGGGAGGAAAUGUUUGAGGGUGGAUGGCUGCGUACAAGGUCAUAGUCAUAGAGAAGCAGGGCUGGAAGGGAUUUGCAGAGGUCAUCUGAGGUCAGGGCAGAAGUGAAUGAGGAAGGCCAUACCGAAAGAAGGGGUUGGGUGGAUGAAUGGAUAGUGCAUGCAGGAAAUGGAGGAAGGGUUUGUGUAGGGAUGGAUAGAUGAAUGGAUGGGGAUAGAGGGAUGAAUGUAGAGGUGUAUAUUGGGUGGGAGAAUGGAGGCAUGCAUAAGGAUGUGGGGUGUUAUAAGGGGAACACUGGAUGGAUGGAUGUUAGUGAUGAAGAGGUGGAUGGAGGGAUCGAUGGAUAUGCAUUGGGAAAAGAAUCAAUGGAGAGAGGGAGGAAGGGAAGGAAGGACAGAUGGGUGUGUGAAGGAGAGAUAGGAAGCGUCCCCCCCUAGAGCAGGGCGGCUGAGAGCAGAGCCAAUCCCCUAACAGGACCCUUUUUAUCUAUCUGCCUACCAGAGCACAUAUCUGCCACAUCCACCACUGCUAUGAAGCUGCUGGGCCUUGCUCUGCUGCUAGCGUCUGCAGGUACUAAGGCAAGCGUGUCUGUGUCCGGGACACCUGGGCUCUCUGCAUCCGUGUGUUCCUGCUGCUCCCUGCUGGAAGGGACGAGCUUUGCUCUGUGUGGCAUGGGGAAUGGAUGGAGUGUACCAGGGUAGAGGGAGGGAGAGAGAGAUGAAUGGAUGGAGGCAGUGCAGGGGUUGGGUGGAUGACUGAAGGGAAGGCAGGAUUGAUAGGGAAUGGAUGUAGGGAAGGAAGGAUGGGAUGUAGAGGAUGGAAGGAGUGAGUGUGUGUGGACAGGGUAGAUUGAUGGAGGGAUGGAGGGAAGGAAGGGAUAAGGUGUAGGGGAUGGAUAGAGUAAAUGGGGAUAAAGGGAGAGGGUGGAUGGAUGAAGGGGUGUGUACAGGGAUGGAUGGAUGGGGUAGGUGAGUGGAGGGGUAUGUAUGACAACAGAUGGAUGGAUAGAUGCAUUAAAGGGGUAGAAGGGUAUGUAUGGAGAGAGGAAGGGAUGGAGACAGCUGGUUGGAUAGAGAAUAUGUAUGGGGUGGAAGGAAGGAUGGAUGGAUGGAGGGAGGGAGAAAUGGAGGGAUGCAUGUCUGUCUACGGGGAUGGAGGGAUGGCAAGAAGGAUGUGGAUGGAGGAGUGGGGCCAAGGUGGGCAUCUCCCACAACUCUGAGACCUGGGACUUGAUGGCCAAGCCCAGACCCCACAAUGCUCCCCCAAAACCCCCAAUACCAGGCCUCCCCUCUCCCUCCACGUGCCCCCCCGGCUCACAGGGCCCCUUGCUGACCUGCUUCCCACCCUACAUUGUAGCCACAGCCCAGGAUGGAGGCGACAAAGUCAUUGAGGGGUACCCGUGCCAGCCCAACUCCCAGCCCUGGCAGGCCUACCUCCAGGGCUCCACGUUCUGCGGAGGUGUGCUCCUGAACCGCCACUGGGUGCUGACCCCUGCUCACUGCAAGAUGGCGGGGGUGCUGGACACCGCCUGGUUUCUGUGCGUGCACAUGUGCAUGCAUGCAUGCGUAUACACUCAUGUGUGGGUGUGUCCCUGCCACCCUGUGCUCCAUGCAUCUCUCUCUCCCUAUGCCAGGGCACAGCUUGUGCGCCUAGGUGUCCACAACCGGCGCCUCCCCAGCCUCAUGGAGCAGCGCCAUAGGGUCAUCAAGACGAUUGUCCACCCCAACUACAACCCCCAAACCUACAACAAUGACAUCAUGCUGAUGCGGCUCCAGCGUCCAGUGGUCGUGACCAAAAGUGUACAGCCCGUGGCCCUGCCCCGCGCCUGCCCCCGUGCUGGGCAGUCCUGCCUUGUAUCUGGCUGGGGCACCACACACAGCCCUGGAGCUAUAUACCCCAACAUCCUACAGUGUGCCCAGCUCCAGAUCCUCUCCAAUGAGUUCUGCCGUAAGGCAUAUGGUGCAUGGUUCACACCCAACAUGAUGUGCGCCGGCAUCCCAGGGCGCCGUGUUGAUAGCUGCCAGGGCGACUCCGGAGGUCCCCUUACGUGUGGCAGGGUCCUUCAGGGCAUUGUGUCCUGGGGCCCACCAGUCUGUGGGCGGCCCAAUGAACCUGGUGUCUACACCCGGGUGUGUAACUACCUGUCCUGGAUCCGGGACAUCAUAAAUGGGAACUAGCAAUCGUGUCCAUGCUGGUGCCCCCCACUCCUGCCCCACAGCCUUCUGCCCUCCAGUAUUCAGGCCAGUGUCCCUCACUCCAAAUCCAAAAAAUUCUCUGCCCCCAGUACCCAUGCCAGUGCUCCUCACUCCUGACCUACAGCCCUCUGCCCCUCACAGGGCCUGGGGGGGAA